GAUGGCGGCAGUCAUACAGCAGAUCCUGGAGCGGUCUGAGAUAAGUAAACUGCCGAAAGCCGUUCAAAACAAACUCGAGAAGUUCUUCUCCGACCAGCAAUCCGAAGUAGAUUCUCUCAAAUCGUACCAUGAACGUUUUAAAGUGGACAGUGAGCAACAAUACUUCGAGAUUGAGAAGCGUCUGGCACAGAGUCAGGAGCAGCUUGUGUCCCAAACUCAGGAGCACCACAAGCUCAAAGAGGAGUUUGCCACGCUCAGUGAAGAAUUGAAGAUUGUAAAAGAACAGAACAAAGAACACGAAGCAUCCAAAGACAGGUUCUCUUCUGAACAGAGUGAACUCUCCAAGGCUAAAUAUGAGCUUGAGGUGGAAAAGCGGGAGCUGGUGCGUACGCUUGAGAAGCGAUCCCAAGAAGUGGAGCAUCUUAACGAGGACCUGAAACGCCUCAGCGACAAACUUGUUGAGACCAACGCAGGGAAGAUGGAACUCCAGCUAAAACUGGAUGAGCUACAGUCCUCAGAGGUUUCCAUCAAGUACAGGGAGAAGAGAAUGGAGCAGGAAAAGGAGCUCCUGCAGAACCAGAUCACUUGGCUGAACGCCGAGCUGAAAACCAAAAGCGAGGAGCUGCUCUCCCUCUCCAGAGAAAAGGGCAAUGAGAUCCUGGAGCUCAAAUGUAACCUGGAGAACAAGAAUGAAGAGUUGACCAGGCUCCAGGAUCAAGUGACCAGCCUCAAGACAUCUAAUGAGCACCUCCAGAAGCAAACAGAGGACUUUAUAAACAAAUUGAAGGAGGCAAAAGAGCAGCACGCCAGUAUGGAGGAGAAGUUCCGCAAUGAACUGAAUGCCCACGUUAAGCUGUCCAACUUGUACAAGGGUGCAGCUGCGGACUCUGAGUCCAAGAGCGAGGAGCUGAGUCGUGCUGUUGAGGAGCUCCACAAGCUGCUGAAGGAGGCAGGAGAAGCCAACAAAGCAACAGAGGCAAGACUGCUGGAAAUGAAGGAAUCCAAGGACCAGGUGGAAGCAGAGCUGAAGGACAAGAUUAGUAGCUUGGAAAAAGAGCUAGAAAAUGCCAAUGUGCUACUCUCCGAUACCAAGCGCAGAGGAAUAGAUGUCCUUUCAGAAGACCAGCUGACCACCAUGUCCCCGACUGCAGCAGCUGUAGCAAAGAUUGUUAAGCCUGGCAUGAAGCUAACGGAGCUCUACAGUGCGUAUGUGGAGACGCAGGACCAGCUGCAGAUGGAACGAAUGGAGAACAAGCGAGUGAACAAGUACCUGGACGAGAUCGUGCAGGAGGUGGAGGCCAAGGCGCCCCUGCUGAAGCGCCAGCGCGAUGAGUUUGAGCGCAUGCAGAAGUCCGUGGCCAGCCUGUCCACCAAGCUGGAACAAGCCAUGAAGGAAAUUCAUCGCCUGCAGAAGGAAACGGACGAGGCCAACCAGCGCUCCUCUGUCCUGGAGAGGGACAAUCAGAGAUUUGAGCUGCAGCUUGCUGACAUGUCUCAACAGGUCCGCGUUCUGCUAAUCGAGCUGGAGGAGGCCCGUGGGAACCAUGUGAUCCGAGAUGAUGAGGACGUUAGCUCCGCUGACAUCACUAGCACCUCUGACGUCAUCUCUCAAUGCCUGGUCACCUUCCGCAGUGUGGAAGAGCUGCAACAGCAGAACCAGCGCCUCCUAGUGGCCCUGAGGGAGUUGGGCGAGGCCCAAGAAAAGGAGGAGAUGGAAGCUGCAUCUUCAAGGAAGACGGAGCUGGAGCUGAGUCUGGACAAGGUGCAGAGCGAGCUGGAGCAGCUGCGGGAGCAGCGCAACCACCAGAUGCAGCUGACCGAGUCCAUCGUGCGGCAGAGGGACAUGUACCGCAUCCUGCUGGCCCAGACCACCGGGGUCAGCUUCCCUGUGCAAGGUGCAACCCCAGAGGAGUUCUCCCUGACCUCCACCCCUCGCCGGUCACCAGCAGUCACUCCCACCACAGCCACACCUGUGCAGGUUGCUGUAACAGAGUCCACAGAGGCUGUCGAGGCCAAGGCUGCUCUCAAACAGCUCCAAGAGGUGUUCACCACAUACAAGAAGGAAAAAGCUGAGAAUGACAAGAUUCUCAAUGAACAAAAUGAGAAGCUGCAGGAACAGGUGUCUGAACUCCGCUCCCAGAACACCAAGAUAUCCACUCAGCUGGAGUUUGCCUCUAAACGGUAUGAGAUGCUUCAGGACAAUGUGGAAGGAUACCGACGCGAGAUCGCCUCACUGCGUGAAAAGAGCCAGAAAAUGACAGCCACCACCCAGAAACAGGAGCAGAUCAUCCACACCAUGACCCAGGACCUGCAGGCAGCCAACGAACGACUCGCCAUGGCUGAGGCCCGCACUGAGAACCUGAGGAAGGAGAGGGACAUGCUGAAGAUGGUGGAGACCAGGCUGAGCCAGGAGAAGGAGUCCAUCCUGGCCGAGCAGCGAGGGCAGAACCUGCUCCUCACCAACCUCAAGUCCAUCCAGGUCACCCUGGAGCGCGCCGAAACCGACACCAGGCAGCGCCUCAACAACCAGAUCGAGAAGCAGGAGCGAGAGAUCAGCCAGCUGCAGAAGAAGCUGGAGCACGAGGUGGAGCAGAGGCACGUGCUGAGCCGCAACCAAGACCUGCAGCUGAUGGAUGCUAAGAAGCAGCUGGAGGCCCAGAGCGCCAUGCACCAGAAGACCAAGGAGCUCCUGAACGCCGCCCAGCAGGAGAUCAGCACUCUCCGGCAGCAGCUCAGUAGCUCUGAGAAUCGUCUCACCCCGUUGUCGUCGCCGGGAGCGAUCCUCAGAGGGCUGCGUGGGUCGGACCAGGACGUGGAGGAACUGCACGGCCGCCUCAGGCAGGCCGAGGAGCAGGCCGGGGAGCUGAGGGAGCGGCUGAAGACCACCGCCACCAACAUGGAGCAGUACAGGGCCAUGGUGCUCAGCCUGGAGGAGUCCCUCAGCAAGGAGAAGCAGGUGACGGAACAGGCUCGCUCCACCAUCGAGAACCGGCUGAAGGAGGCCGAAGAGUACCACAAGCAGCUGGAGAAGAAGCUCUUGGAUGCUGAGAAGGAGAAGCAGGGCCUGCAGGAGGAGAAACGCACCGCGGUCGUGAACAUAGAGCAGCAGGUGAGCGAGCUGAAGAAGAGCCUGAGCAGCUUGCAGGCGGAGCUCCAGGAAGCCCUGCAGCGGGCGACGGUGGCAGCGGCCCACGAGCAGCAGGCCAUCGAGGACAGCCAGCAGCAGGCGAAGAUGGCUGCAGAGGCCCAGAAUAAGUACGAGCGGGAGCUGAUGCUGCACGCCGCCGACGUGGAGGCCCUCCAGGCGGCCAAGAAGCAGGUGCUGCAGGUGUUCCAGAUGCGAGCGCAGCUGGAGGAGAGGGCGCAGAGGGCCAGCGCGCAGCUGCUGGAGGCCCGCGUGUCCUGGGAGGAGCAGGAGAGGAUGCUGAAGGAGGAAGUGUCCAAGCUGCUGUCCCGCACGGAGGACCUGCAGAAGCAGAACGGCCUGCUCCAUGAGCAGAUCGAGAACAUGAGCAACAAGAUGGUGGCGUCUGUCCAGCAGGCCGCACAGGACAGCCCCCUCAACAUCUCCCUGACUGAGGAAGGGAAGUCCCAGGAGCAGCUCCUGGAGAUCCUCAGGUUCGUGCGGCAGGAGAAGGAGAUUGCAGAGACCAGGUUCGAGGUGGCUCAGGUGGAGAGCCUGCGUCACAGGCAGAGGGUGGAGCACCUGGAGAGGGAGCUGAGGGAUCUGCAGGACAGUCUGAACGCAGAGCGGGAGAAAGUGCAGGUGACGGCGAAGACCUUGGCACAGCAUGACGAGCUGAUGAAGAAGACGGAGACCAUGAACGUGCUGGUGGAGACCAACAAGAUGCUUCGAGAGGAGAGAGAGAGACUGGAGCAGGAGCUGCAGCAGACGCAGGCCAAGGUGAGCAAGCUGGAGGCGGACAUCAUGCCCCUGCAGGAGUCGAAUGCGGAGCUGAGCGAGAAGAGCGGCAUGCUGCAGGCCGAGAAGAAGCUGCUGGAGGAGGACAUCAAGCGCUGGAAAGCCAGGACUCAGCACCUGGUGAGUCAGCAGAAAGACACUGAUCCAGAGGAAUACAAGAAGCUGCACUCUGAGAAGGAGGCCCAUCUGAAGCGCAUCCAGCAGCUGACUGAGGAGACGGGCAGGAUGAAGGCUGAGAUUGCUAGGAGCAACGCUUCUGCAACGACCAUGCAGAGCCAGCUGCACAACCUGCGGGAGAACCUGGGCAAGGUGACCACUGAAAGGGACAACCUGAAGAAGGAGCUGGAGGUCAAAGUCCUGGACAUCCAGGAGAAGGUGAAGACCAUCACACAGGUCAAGAAGAUUGGCCGCCGAUACAAAACCCAGUAUGAGGAGCUCAAGGUCCAGCAUGACAAGCUGGUCGCUGAAGCCGCUGCCAAGCCAUCCCAGGAGCAGGAAGCUCAGCAGGCUUCAGUCCAAGAGAUCCAGACCCUGAAGGACACUCUGAGUCAAGCAGAGACCAAGACCAGAGAGCUGGAGGCCCAAGUGGAGAACUUGCUGAAGACGGUGGGCGAGCGCGAGGCCGAGGCCAGGGGCUUCCAGGAGCAGGUGAGCAAGCUGCAGCCGGAGCUGGCCCGCCUCAGGCAGGAGCUGCAGGAGAAGUCCGUGCAGGAGGAGCAGCUGCGGCAGCAGAUGGCCGAGAAGGAGGAUAAGACCAAGAAGGCCUUCCUGGGGGCCAAGCAGAAGCUCAACCAGCUCGUCAGUGCGAAGGAGCAGCUGGCGAAGGAGAACGAGGAGCUGAAGCAGCAGCGGGAGGAGCUGGAGGUGCGCAUGGGGGCCCUGAAGUCGCAGUACGAGGGGCGUAUUUGCAGGCAGGAGCGCGAGCUGCGGGACCUCCGGGAGCAGCAGGAGAGGCACAGCGAGCAGCGCGACGAGCCCCCCGAGCAGGGGCCCAGCAAGGUGCAGGAGCAGCAGAGACCAGCGGAGCAGAGGCAGAUCACACUGAAGACCACCCCAGCCGCUGACAGAGGGAGUGCCAGCACUUCAGAGACACCAACGGCUAACAUAAAGCCAACUCCCCUGGUGGCGACCCCCAGCAAACCCCCUGCCAUCCCUGGGAACAAGCCUACACCCAGGGCCAGCAUCCGGCCCAUGAUCACGCCAGCCACCAUCACUACGCCCACACCAACGGCCACGGUCAUGCCCACCACCCAGGUGGAGACACAGGAAGCCAUGCAGUCCUCGGAGGGGCCCGUGGAGCAUGUGACCGUUUUCGGCAGCGCCAGCGGCUCCGUGCGCUCCACCAGCCCCAACGUCCAGACCACGCUGUCGCAGCCGAUCCUGACCCUGCAGCAGCAGACCCAGGCCACGGCCUUCGUGCAGCCCACCCAGCAGAGCCUGCCCCCUGUGGAGCCGACCAGCCAGGAGCCGACCCCCAGCGUGAUGGAGGCCGUGCCCAGCGCCCAGAUGGAGAGGCCCUCCACUUCCACUGCAGUAUUUGGUACAGUUUCAGCCACCCCAGGCACGUCCGUUCCCAAGAGGCCCCGCGACGAAGAGCAGGAGAGCUCCACAGACAACACCGAGACGACGCAGGAGGAACCCGGCGAGCCGCCCAUUCCCAAGAAGCUCCGCAUCAUCCAGAGGGUGGGCCCGGAGGAGGAAGUGGUAGCCGAUGACAGCACUGACGCUGAGAUUGAGGUCCCUGGAGAGAGCCAGGAGGCCCCAGACGCUUCCCAGGUGUCUGUGGAAGAGGAGGACCCUGUGCUGGAGGAUGGGGAGGGGGAGGGGCUAUCCCAGUUCGUCCCCUUGGAGGAGAGCAUGACUGAGCAGCCUGAGGAGCAGCAGCAUGAUGUCAUUGUCAUCGGCACAGACAGCGAGAGUGAGGAGGAAGAAGAGGAAGUGGACCAGGAGUACGAAGAGGAAGAGGAGGAGGAGGAGGAAGACGACGAUGAGGAGGAUGAGGACGAAGAUGACGACGUUGGGAUGGGCGACGAGGGAGAGGAAAGCAACGAGGGGAGCGGGAGCGGGGACGGCAACGAGCCGUACGAAGGAGACGACACGGAGGGAGCUGAGGCCACCGACCCAGGCACUGAGAAUGAGGAGAGCCUGGGAGCCACUGACUCCAACCAGAGGCUGGCCGACUCCCAGAUCCCCAGCUGUGAGGGGAGCAGUAGCACCACCGAGUCCUUUUCUGCUGAACCCCCAAGAGAACAGCAGGCAAGCACCAGCUCUGCUGACCGCCAAGCCCCCCGCCCGCCACAGUCGCCUCGGAGACCACCACACCCACUUCCCCCUCGUCUCAACAUCCACCCCCCACCGGCCCAGGAGCUGGGACCACCUGCCCAGGUGCAGCGCAUUCCCAUCCGCCGGCAGUCGGUGGGCCGCGGGCUGCAGCUCACCCCAGGGAUCGGCAGCAGCAUGCAACACUUCUUCGAUGACGAUGACAGGAUGGUCCCCAGCACCCCCACGCUAGUUGUGCCUCAUCGCACCGACGGGUUCGCAGAAGCCAUCCACUCGCCCCAGGUGGCCGGAGUUUCACGGUUCCGGUUCGGCCCGCCUGAAGACAUGGCACAGACAAGCUCCUCCCACUCAGACCUGGGACAGCUGGCGUCUCAUGGAAGUCUGGGAAUGUACGAAAGUCCCCUGUUCCUGUCAGCACACGAAGAGGAGUCUGGUGGACGCAGUGUUCCCACCACUCCCCUGCAGGUUGCUGCCCCAGUGUCUGUCUUUACUGAGACCCACCCAUCGGACGUGCCAGAGAAUGCCUCCCAGUCGGUUCCCAUGGUGACCACGUCCACACCGGGCCUGUCUGCUCCUGGGGACCCCAGCCCCGGAGACGAGAGAGACGAGGUGUUCAUGGAGGCAGAAAACGAAGGGACCAGUGUUGAGGCCUCCCUGGAGCCAGAGAGCCAGGCAGAGAUGGAGGAGCCGGCCCAGCCUUCGGACGAAGCAACCCUGAGCUCGACCAGCCAGGACCCGUCCUCCAGCUCCACUGAAAUGCCCAGCAGUCAGCCCAAACCGCUGAGGCCCGGACCCAACCGCCAGCUGCAGCGCUGGAACGAGAGCAGGGGGAGGCACAUCAAGAGAGGUGAGACCCCCACGCAGUGGACCACUCUGGCACUCAGUGAGGGCACAUCCUGACACACACCACUUAGACAGAAUCAAACUUUAAUGUACAUUCCAAAAAAAAAAUAACAAGUGUUAGAAAAUAAACAUUACAAAGCAGCGUGUUAAUUUAACUGAUUCCUGUCUGGAUUAUUGUUAAUUUUUUUACUGGCACUGUAUACAAUGUAUGAUUCUACAUGACAGGGUUUUAAGGGAUCAUUCGCAGGUUCAAAGGCAGAUUGAAUAUCACCGUGGUUUGACAGUUAUUGUCCCGCUAAACAGGGUGUUGCCAUUGUUCCCACAGGUGUGAUGGGAGUAAGAGGCCGCUUUUCCAGGUGAAGCAGGAGUCAUUGACCAUCAACUCCGUGCCGCCAUACCCCAAGGCUUCUGUUUUUUUAAGUUUCUGAGGUAUUGAAAUCUGCCUAAAUGCGCUUUAAAUGUUCGCUUGCGUGUGUGU